AUGACAAUCCUUUCUAACGAAGAGUUCCUCAAGGAAUUAGGAGCGAUGUAUAUGGAUGCUCGACUUGGUGGUCCGAAGUCUGUUUACGUUACCAUGAAGCCAUAUGAUGGGCGAACGAAGCCGCUACCAAAAGAGGGAGAUCCACCACCAUCAGAAGGCAACAAGUGUUUGUUCCGUGCUAAGCUGGGGAGAAAGCGCAUCAGUACUGUGGUUUCUUCAAAGGAAGUGAACAAGUUUCACCUGGCAUAUGUCUCGGUUCUGAGAGCGAAUAUGGAUAACCUUGAAAGGAGAAAGAAAACCGACGCUAUAAAGACGAAAACAGCGCCUAAGAAGACCAACAAGUCUUGA